GAAACUCCCAUUAAUUCUUAUUUCGAUUAUUCAAUUCUACCUGAUUUACCAUCUGCUUCAUCAAAUGAUUCAAAUAAUGGGCCUCAAAGACACCUCACAAUGAACUCUGCAGUUUCUGCAAUUUCUUUCCUUAAAAAUAAUCUAUUAAAUGAUGAAACUAAUAAUCAAGCUGCAUUGAAAAAGAAAAAAGAUGAUGAAUUACCUCCAGUGCCUCUUGAUUUACCUUCUUUACCCUUUUCUUCUUCGUCUUUAGUCACUCAACAUUUCUCAACAUGUGAGCGUGUUUGGUCUUUAAGCAGCGUGUUUGAGUGGUGCUUGAAGUUGAAGGUUUGGCUUCAUGACCUGUUCAUAUCUAAAAGGGAAUUCAAAAAGGCUUUAAUUAAAUUGAUCGUUUUCCACAAACGUGAUGUUCCAUUGGAUUUGAUUGGUCAAAACGCUGAUCGUAUUAUUGAUGAAUUAUUGAAAUCAAGAGCAAUAUUUUAUUGCUAUGGCGUUGAAGAUAACGAAGAUGAUGAAAAAUCUUUACCCGACCCUGCAACUGGCAAAGUUUCUACCUCAAAAGUCUCCACAUCACCUGAUAAUGUUGCAUUGGCUUCUAAGGACGAACCAGGUAUUUUAAUGGAUGAUUCGGCUUACGUUAGCGGUGUUAUGGUUGAUUUAACUGACUGUUAUUGCCAUGAUCGCGAUCAUAAUUACGCAAGUGGUCGCCAGCAAAAUCAAACUUUGAAUGAAAACCAUAAUGAAAAUGUACAAAAAAGAUGCUACUCAUUCAACUGUAAUUUGAACAGAUUAAUUGAACAUGAACUUCAAUUGAAAAACACUAAUAUUCACGAAAUAGUCCUUGGUGAAGAUUGGGCAUCACAUUGGAAAUUGACAGCUGAAGAUUUAAGAAACUUUGAUAAAAAUGUUUCGAAAAGACAAUCUUUAAUCUUCGAUCUUUUGAGAUAUGAACAAACUUUUAUUCAAAGAGCUACUUGUUUUGUUGAGAUUGUUGGACCAGAGUUCAUCAAAAUCGCUCAGCUUUUAGUUGGACCCGAAAUUGUACUGAUAAAUAAAUUCGAAGAUGAUAUGAUUAGCCCUGGAAAGGAAUUAGUCGGUAUUCAUGAAAAAAGUCUUUUUCAUCCAUUGCUUCGUAUAUUGAUUUCCAACGGUAAAUUUAUUUCCAAUCUUUCGGAAAUCGCUAAUAUAUAUUAUAAUUGGUCUCAGGUUGUCAAGAAUAGUUUACUCAAAUAUAUGAGUACUGUCCCAAUGAUCGAGGAUCUUUUAAAAUAUGAGUUAAUUAAAAACUGGGUUGACCACAAUGUUAGAAAUAUAAGCAGAGUCAAAGAAUUGAAAGUUAACGGACCAUUAUUAUUCAUGAGUACCUUCAACUCACGUUAUCAGCUGUUACCACUACAGUUAUCGGACAUUAGAAAGUCUUUUGACUCUCAAGAUCCUGAAUACAUUGCUUUAACCAGAGCUAUUGAUGGUAUCAAGAAAUUAGGUUCGAAGGUUAAUGAAAUGAAGGUUCACGCGGAUAAUAUUCAUGCCUUGAAGAGAGUUUAUAAACAAUUAACUUGGAAAAGUAGUAUUCAACAACCAAACAUUAAUUUAGGAUCAGAGAAUAGAAGGUUUCUCUUCAGGGGUGACUUAUCCCGUAAAGGUGAUUUAAAAAUUAACACUUACAUUAAUCAUUUAAUAUUAUUAGAUAAUUAUUUAUUCAUAACUGAAAAAAUUAAAAAUCCUCGUCUGGGUGGAUAUAAUUAUAAAGUUGUUGAAAACCCAAUACCAAUUGAAUUAUUACUUUUUGAAAUCAAAGAAAAUCAAACACUCGCAACCAGUGGGGGUAUUGAAAUUUCAUUGAGUAAAACGUUAAAUUUGAAUCCCCUGACAAGUCCCAAAUCUCCUAAUCCUGUAUUACCAGAAAAUGAAGAUGAACCAUCAUCAUUCCCUAUAAAACUUAGAUAUGCUGGAAGAGGCAAACAUGAUUCAUUUACGUUUUCAGCAAAAACAGAGCGUGAAAGAAUGGACUGGGUUAAUCAAUUAAUUUCGGCAAGAAGUAGUCUUUGUUCCAGAUUAAAGAAAACAGAACCUUAUAAUUUAAACUUAAUUUCAAAUACAAACUUUGCUUAUGAAUUUAGUAAUAGAAUUACAAAGUUACAAGUUUGUGCACCUCACGAUCCAAUUGAAUCAAUUUCAACGGAUGCAUUUACCAGGUUGGCCAAGUUAGGAUGUAAUGGUGAUGCUUAUUCAUUGAAUAAUUCAAGAAAUCAUAUCAUAUUCAGUAAAGCUCAAAGUGUUUCCAAAUUUGAGUAUAGAGGCACGGAAUUUUACUUAGUUGGAUUAGUUAAUGGUGUUUAUUUGAGUGAUAUGCAAAAUCGAUGGAAAAAAGUAAUUAACGGGGUUGAUAUAACCAAGAUUAGCGUUGUUACAUCAAUCAACUUAGUGGUGAUCUUAGGAAAUAAACAGUUACGAUACUAUACAUUAGAUCUGAUUAUCAAUGUUUAUUACGAACGCCGAGAUUCAAUGAGUUCUAUUUCAUUAUCAAAUGAACCGGUAUCCUUUUAUGAAAUUGGCCGCCACCGAGAAAUAACUAUGUUAUUUUACGCCAAAAGAAAGGGGAACUCUUCAGGAACCACCAAUUUCAAAGUCUUAAUUCCUGAAACUGAUAACGAUGGCGUUUUCAAUGCAUUCAAGGUUGUGAAAAAAUUCUACGUGGAAGCUGAAUGCUUUGGAAUAUCAAUUUUUAAUACUUCAUUUGCAGUUCACACUCAUAAAGGUUUUGAAAUAUUGGAAUUGGAUAAACUUAUUCCAAGAUCCAUACCAGAAAUUCCAAACGUUGACUCCAAGAAAACUGAUGCAUACGGAAGACGAUUACUACAAAAUGGUACCAAUAUGUCUAUGGCCACUAGUACUUCGAUAACUGCAUCUUCUUCUCACCCUGGAAUUGAUGCCAUCAAAAGAGCAAUGCACGCUAGUAGUAUUAAACCAAUGGGGAUGUUCAAGCUAACUAACAAUGCUGAAUUCUUAUUAGUUUAUAACGAUUACGCCAUUUUCACCAAUAAACACGGGAAAUUAUCAAGAUUUACAAUGUUGAAAUUUGACUUUAAAGCAAACUCGAUCGCAUUCAAAAACAAUAACUUGUUUUUGGUCUGCGAUGAAGCAAUCGAAAUAUGGUCAAUCAGUGAUUUUGUCAAUGGAUCCAAUAGAUUAAUCCAAGUUAUCGUUGGAAAAGAUAUAAAUAUGCUUGAUUCCAACGAUUUGAGUUUUGCCAUGGCCAAUCCAAAAGUAGUUGGUCUCCAACUUAUUUUCCGUCUCGAUAACGUUUCUACCGAAGUCGACAACAGUCUUACUUAG